AAAAAUAACCCUCUCACAAUUUUAACCUAAUUUUCUAUGUCUUUCUCUCUCGAGAGAAAGCUUCUCAAUGGCAACACGACGAGAUAGAUGUUGACGAUGAUGGCAUCGUUGACAAGAUCGAGCGACCACGGCGAUGAGAUCUAGUGUAUUCAACAAGAAAGAAGCCGAAGCUAAAUUCAAAUAGAUCUCCGAAGCCUACGAUAUGAGCUCCGAUUCGUCGGCGGUUACAGAUGGCGGCGAACAAGUCGUUUCCUCCGCGGGAACGAGCGCUGGGCCAUCUCCGGCUUACGACAAACAGAAGGAGAAGGCGCGUGUGAGUAGAACGUCUCUGAUUCUGUGGCAUGCGCACCAGAACGACGCGGCUUCCGGGGAAGAGGGGUUCACGCUGGAGAUUAUGAUAAGAGGACGCCUUUACACGUGGCAUCGCUUCAUGGGUGGAUGUUGUUAA